AUUUCUCUAUAACAUAACCUACGCUCCAUAUUUCGGCGCUCUCUCCUCUUUUCUUCUGUGCCACUGAAUUUCAAAAGCGGGAAUUUUUUUGUUUGGCUUUCUCUCUUCUCUUUCCUCUGCUUUGCCGCACGCUCCUCUGCGUCUAUUUCAAGGUUUCAGGCCGAGAUUGAGUUUUAUCAGAUAGGAUAGAGUAACCGCUAACUAGGGUUUGGGGCCUGCCAUGGAUGAGGGUUUGCUUGAUGACAUCAUACGGAGGUUGUUGGAGGCGAAGACCGGGAGGCUGCCGAAGCAGGUGCAGUUGACGGAUGCCGAGAUUAAGGAGCUUUGUGUCGCGUCCAAACAGAUUUUUCUCAGCCAGCCAAAUCUUCUCGAACUCGAAGCUCCUAUCAAGAUUUGUGGUGAUAUUCAUGGCCAGUACUCUGAUCUUCAACGGUUGUUUGAGUACGGUGGGUAUCCGCCUGAGGCCAAUUAUCUAUUCUUAGGAGACUAUGUUGACCGUGGUAAGCAGAGCAUAGAAACAAUUUGUCUUCUCCUUGCAUACAAGAUUAAAUACAAGGAGAACUUUUUUCUCCUCAGAGGCAACCAUGAAUGUGCUUCUAUCAAUCGUAUUUACGGGUUCUUUGAUGAGUGCAAAAGGAGGUAUAAUGUACGUGUUUGGAAGACAUUUACAGAAUGUUUUAACUGCCUGCCUGUUGCUGCGCUUAUUGAUGAGAAGAUUCUAUGCAUGCAUGGAGGACUAUCUCCUGACUUGAAGCACUUGGAUAUGAUUAGGAAUAUACCCCGACCUAUAGAUGUACCAGAUCAGGGCCUCCUAUGUGACUUGCUGUGGGCUGAUCCUGACAGAGAUAUUGAAGGAUGGGGAGAGAAUGAUAGGGGAGUAUCAUAUACAUUUGGAGCUGACAAGGUUGCUGAAUUUCUUGAGGAGCAUGACCUUGAUCUCGUCUGCCGAGCUCACCAGGUUGUGGAAGACGGAUACGAGUUCUUUUCAAACCGACAGUUGGUAACUAUAUUUUCUGCACCAAAUUACUGUGGUGAGUUUGACAAUGCUGGUGCGAUGAUGAGUGUAGACGACACAUUAACAUGUUCUUUCCAAAUCUUAAAGGCCUCUGAGAAGAAAGGAAAAUCUGGGUUUGGCAAUAUGCAGAGGCCAGCAACACCACCUCAUAAGGGUGCCAAGGGCUAAAUGGUGUGCCAACAAUUACUUUCUGUCUGGUCAAGAUUGCUACGCGGUGAGGCAACUACACCUAAUUUGUCUACUUAAAACUUGUGUUCCCAAAAUCAGUUUUGCAUCUCACAAUCUAUGGAUUGGGGAGAGAAGCUCGAUUGCCCAUGGUCCUAUAUUUUAUGUUCCCACAAAAGGGUGUAGGGAUCAACUAGUCCCAGAUGAUGCGACGAAAAUGCUGUUCACCUAUGUAAAACUAGUCUUUUUUAAUGUAUAAUGCUGCAACACAAACUUCCAAAGGGAUUUUGUUUCUUUGUUGUAGUACUAGUGCUUCCAUUUUCUUGUGAAACAAUUAGACUAAAUCUGAAGACUAAUGCGAGUUGGCUUUAGUUAACUGCACACAUUGUAAUUUUCUCUGUCAAAACUACAUUGAUAAUUAUUCUCAUUUUAUUUCAUACUC